AUGAAAGGGGUUGGUGAUGAAACUUUCUUCUUGUGGUUGAUUUAUUUGAGGCUUGAGAAUCUUGUUGACUUGCGUGGAGGGCUACAACUUGGGUCGUUGUAUAGAUGUGAAGAUAUCGUGCGAUGCUUGACCUCUGAUUUCGAUCGAUCUCAAAUUCGCACUUAUCGCAUCAUGCGCUACCUCGUCUCAUUCUUCUUCGCCUUUCUUUCUUUCCUCCCUGUCCUUACUCAAGCAUGCCUCGUUUACUACGCAACCUUCCCUUUCGAUAACGAUAAACCGUUUGUAGGGAAGAUAAUCGAUAAUGGGAUUGAAACGUGCUCGAUCAAUAUGACGUAUAAUGAACAUUGGAGAUGGCAGGCGUUGGAGAAUGAAAAGGAUUGGGAGAGGGAGGAGUGGGCUGUGAGUUUCUUUUCUUGUUUUAACCUUUUGGAUUUCGGGUUGGGAGUUUGGGGUGGGGAGUGGAAACCCUGGCAUUUCACAUGCACGAAGAAACUAUGGCAGGGGAAAAUGAAGGGGGAUAAUACGGACCGCACAUACGCAGCAGAACUGGGCGUCGGUCUCCGCGGCGUAACAUACCAUGCACAUGGCGAGAAAUUCUGGUUUAAUCCGGAUACGGUGGAAGAUGUGGCGGGGGAACGAUGGGUAUAUAGCAAGAAGUUGUGGUGUGCUGGGAGAUAG